GUGUUAGGUUAAACACCUUAAUGGGUAAUCCCAUGGAACAAACGCCGUGUAUCGUUACGUAGUGCUAGCUACAAAACUACGAAGUUUAAGUAGCUAAGCAACUCAGAACACCUGUAUGUUGUCGUUAGGUCGUUUUAGCAGUUAGCCUAGCUAGUGUGGCUUUGUAAGCGACAGAGCAAUCUUGGUAACCUAGCACUGCCAACAUUGACGUUACCAGUGAUUUGGGUUAGUCCACUUCCGGUUGGAGCCAUUUUAUUUCGAAAGAACAUUCUAAAGGACACCCACUUUGCACCAAUUUUUUUCCAGUAUAAAAGGUUUGCACUCCCUUGAGGCUAGUAAAGAAGACCUUCAACCCCCUUAAAUCGCUUAUAAAACAAAGUACACUUAUAUUUUUCUAAGUGCUUUGUUAUCUCUGUCAUGGCAAAAUAAACACCAUUGUGAGGGAUGUCUGAUUCUGGGAGAGAGGUUUGAAUUUACAAACCCAGGGAAAUUUACUUUAGACCAGUUUAAAUGAUUUUACAUUAGCUUCAUUACCGCCAUGUGUCCAUUUAAGACUAUGUGGAAAAAUCAGGAUGAAACCAUUUUGAAUGCCAUGAGAAAUGGAUAUGCAUUGAGCCUCAGUUCAGAUGAUCCAGGGUGAUGAUAAGAAAGAGCAAAACUCCUUUCACCCCUUAUUUGUUUCAUUCAUGUUUGUAACUUAUUUGCUGUGUAUGCAAUUUUUUGAGUUACUGAUCACUGGCUUCUAAGAGCAGGGCCGAGAUAGAACAGCAGAAACUGUUGGAGUUUGCUGAAGGUUCAUGUGUUGGAGUGAAAGGUUGCAUUAUACCUCUGUGUCAGCAUCUCUGGAACAUUGAGAGCAGACGCCUGCUGGGGUUGCUGUCCUAGAACUGAUCAAGAGUCACGUUAUUUGAGGUGCGUUUGUUUGUCUUAGUGGCAUCCGUGUUAGAAUAUUCCACAGAAUUAUUUUUCAGGAGUUCAAGGAUGAAGCGUUUGCACAUUCUGUAGUCACAUCUUUAUUCUGGUUGAUCUGAAUCAAAAGCCUGGGGUGCCCUGCUGUGUUUUUUUUGAAUUGCAGUGAGCUUCUUUAUCAUUACACUUCAUCCCUGGUCUUACAAAUUCAAACCUCUCUCCCUGAAAGGGACAUUCCUCUUAUUAUUCUACAAAAUGGAAAUUUUGCAAAACAAUGCAUUUUUCUUGGGCUUGUGCCGUAAUAGUACACCAACAGAGCUGCAGUACGACAAUUCGUCUGAGCUGUUCCGCAUCUCCACUUUCGCCAAAUUCCCGCCGAAUGUAGCUGUCACCGAAAGGAGUCUGGCACGGGCUGGCUUUUACUACACGGGGGUCGGGGACCGUGUUCAGUGCUUCCGCUGCAACGUUACCGCAGAGAACUGGCAGUUGGGCGAGUGCCCGUCUGAGAGGCACAGGCAGCUGUCCCCGACCUGCACGUUCAUCCAGAGCCUACCCUCCACAGCCAGCCUCCUGUCCUCUUCCCACUCCGCUUUUUCGCCCCUCCGCAACAUGCCAGUCCUGCAGCUGUCAAACUUGGCCGGCUCCGCUGUCCCCGCCCCCGCCCCCGUCGCAGCCCCGGCCUCAGGCCAGCCGGAGGAGCAGGUGGGCUACUUCAACAUGGGCUUCACCAGCCUGCCCCCGACCAGCCCCCUCAGCUCCCGCGGCGUGGAGGACCUAUCACACCAGCGCCCGCCCGCCUGCCACAACCCCAGCAUGCGGCGCGAACAGGACCGCCUGGACACCUUCCAGAACUGGGCAGUCACCAUCAUCACCCCCAGCGAGCUGGCCAAGGCUGGCUUCUACUACCUGGGCCAGGGGGACCGCGUGGCCUGCUUCUCCUGCGGAGGGCAGCGCAGCAACUGGGAGCCGGGCGACAGGGCAAUGUCUGAGCACCAGAGGCACUACCCCAACUGCCGCUUCGUGAGGGGCGACAGGGCGGAGAACGUGCCCCUCAACUCGGGGGGCCUGGUCAACGUGUCCAAUCCGGUUAUGCAGCAGUGUGAGGAGAGACUGCUCACCUUCGUCAACUGGCCCUCCAGGAUACCCGUGCGCCCUGACCAGCUGGCCAAAGCUGGCUUUUACUAUGUUGGGCGCAACGACGAUGUGAAGUGCUUCUGCUGCGAUGGAGGACUCAGGUGCUGGGAAUCGGGAGAUGACCCGUGGGUGGAACAUGCCAAAUGGUUUCCAAGGUGUGAGUACCUAUUGCAGGAAAAGGGCCAGGAGUUUGUCCACCAGAUUCAAGCUCGAUUCCCACGUCUGUUUGAACAGCUGCUGACAAAUGGGGACAGCAGUUCACGGGAGUUUGUUGAUCCUCCAGUGGUUCACCUGAGCCCGGGAGAGGAGCGCUCAGAGGAUGCGGUCAUGAUGAACACGCCUGUGGUGAAGUCUGCCCUGGAGAUGGGCUUUGACCGCAGCCUGGUCAAGCAGACUGUGCAGAGCAAGAUCCUCACCAGCGGUGAGAACUACAAGACAGUUCAGGAGCUUGUGUCAGACCUGCUCAGCGCUGAGGAUGAGAAGAGGGAAGAAGAGAAGGAGCGCUUCGCAGAGGAAAUGGCAUCAGAUGGCUUCACGUUCUUGAAGAAGCAUCACAUCGCCCUGACACAACGUCUGAAGAGUGUGCAGAGCCUGAUGGACCACCUGCUUGAGCAGGCAGUGAUUGAACGUGAGGAGUACAACGUCAUCCACAACUGCGCCUCUGUGAAGCAGCAGACGAGCCAGCUCAUCGAUCUGGUGCUGUCCAAGGGGAACGCGGCGGCUGAGGUGUUCCGCAACUGGAUCCAAAAGAACGACGUGUACCUCUUAAGAGAACUAAUGGCCCAGGCAAAUGAGGCCGCAUCACCGAGUCAAGAUCUUUCAGACCUGCCCAUGGAGGAGCAGCUGCGCAGGCUGCAGGAGGAGCGCACGUGCAAAGUGUGCAUGGACAAGGAGGUCAACAUCGUUUUCAUCCCCUGCGGGCAUCUGGUCGUGUGCAAAGAGUGCGCCCCUUCGCUACGCAAGUGCCCCAUCUGCAGAGGGCUGGUCAAGGGCACGGUCCGCACCUUCCUGUCCUAGGCAAACUACACUUUCCCUCCCGCUGUCUCGGCAUAUUGAUGCUACCAGCGCAAGUCCUGCAUAUUAGCAUGUGGUGAUGCUAAAGCUAAUAUUCUAAAAGCGCCAGGAUGAAGAGAUGCAUCUGUAAUAUUAACAGCAACGCUGUAUUUGCUUCUCUGUGUAAUCUUUCCAGCUGGUGAGUGGAACUGUUUUGCCUGUGUUUGACCCAUCUGAAUGAAUAUUUACCUCCAGUUACUUCCUUUGGUGUACUUCCUUUCCAUUGUGUGGUCAUAGGAACUUUACUGCAUGCCUCAUUUUCAACCCUUUUCUAAAACUUGCUCUGAAGUCUGCAGGAGCUCCUGUCUUAUGCAGACGUGCAGUGCUUGUGGAUGAAAGUGUAUUGGCACACAUUUCACUUUGGAAUAGGGCUCCCAUUAAUUACAAACAAAACGUUUCAUCUCUAAACAAGUCUCUGUCAGACUUACAUAACCCAAGGUUUAUACAUUGUCUAGUAGCAGUCAUUGUAGCACAGAAUAAUGUCAGUACUUAGACCGCACUGGUCAUUAAUGUAAUGCUUUACUAUUUUAAGUAAUUUCCAUCUUGCCCUUGCUGUGUUCACUAACCAAGCCGGUCAGUCACAUACCAACAGAAUAUUUCCCCCUUUUUUUCCAAACACUGAAAGGGAGUAUUUCAGAGCGAUGUCCAUACACUUAAUGAUAAAUGAUAGGUUAACCUAGGUUGUAACUUAUAUAUAUAUA